AAAUAUAAAUACAUAUAUAUAUUACAGUAAUAUAUCGCGUUGUUCAUUGCGAGUAGAGUGCAGAGACAUAAAAAUGGGUUUUCUGUUACUAAGCUUAGUUCUAAGCAGCUUUCUAAUCACUGCUGCUUCAAUCUUAAACUCGCCGCCGCCGCUGCCGUGCAACUACACCGCCAUAUACAACUUCGGCGACUCCAACUCCGACACCGGCGGCAUCGCCGCCGCCUUCUAUCCACCGCUUCUACCCUUCGGUGAGACUUUCUUCCACAGACCCGCCGGAAGGGCUUCUGAUGGCCGCCUCAUCAUCGACUUCAUCGCUGAAAAGCUGGGGUUACCAUACCUAAGUCCGUACUUGGAUUCAAUCGCGUCCAACUUCCGGCGCGGCGCCAAUUUCGCGACCGGCGGAGCCACCAUCCAACGGCCGAAUUCGUCCUGGUUCGUGGACGGCCUGAGUCCUUUCAAUCUGGAAAUUCAAGUGGAGCAUUUCAAUCAGCUGAAAGGCAGAUCAGCUUACUACUACAAUCAAAGUGGAAAGGACAACGACGAGAUCGUGAAAAGGCUGUCCAACCCGGAGGACUUGGGGAGGGCCCUCUUCAUAUUAGACAUAGGCCAGAACGACAUCGCCGCCGCCGCCGCCACCUUGACCCGCCCAGCCGCCGUCGCCGGAAUAGUCGACCAGUUCAUCCACCAAAUUGGGAUCCUGUACGGACUAGGCGCGACGACAUUCUGGAUACACAGCACCGGGCCCUUCGGCUGCCUGCCGGCGGUAAUAUCAAAAUCGAAGAACGCCGACGACGAGGACGAGUACGGGUGCGUCCGGAGCUUGAACAGGAUAGCUAUGGAGUUCAACAGGGAGCUCAAGUCCAGGAUCGGGGAGCUACGUACACGCCUCCCACGCGCCGCCGUCGUGUACGUUGACAUGUACGCCGCUAAAUACGGCCUCAUCUCGGACGCCGCCGCUCAAGGAUUCGAAGAUGGCAGGGUGAUAUGCUGUGGAUACCAUGGAAUGAGUUACGACAUAUGGUGUGGGAAAAAUGGAGCGUUGGAAAACGGGACAAAUGUGUAUGCAGAUUCUUGUAAGAACCCUAGGCGAGUAAUCAGCUGGGACGGGGUGCACUACACCGAAGCGGCUAACCGUUGGUUUGCGGACCGUAUCGCCGAUGGUUCCUUGUCGGAUCCGCCGGUGGCGCUCGCAACAGCUUGCCACAUGCACGCCACGCCAAUAACUAAUUAAUUAAGUUAAGUAAUUAAUAUCCUCAAUGAUUAUUACAGUAGGUUACAUUAUAGGAUUUAUUAUUAUUAUUAUGACAUAUGUAAUGAGUGAGUGCACUGCACUGCACUCAAAGUGUCAAACUUAUCUUGGUCGGUAUGUAUGGAGUAUUGUUUGUGAAGCAAACGGGCAACUUAUUUGAUUAGUUGCCGAAGGUGCGUUUGGUGGGCUUCAAUAUAUAUAU